AUGACGUCACUGUGUCUACGGGGUACUAGGCGGCCGGCGGUGGAUCAGAUUGCGGACUCCUGCGCCAGCUCGGAGCCGGGCGGUGCACUAUGGUUCACUAUGACGUCACUGUGUCCACGGGGCUCUAGGCGGCCGGCGGUGGGUCAGGGCGCGGCCUCAUGCACCAGCUCGGAGCCGGGCGGUGCACUAUGGUUCACUAUGACGUCACUGUGUCCACGGGGCACUAGGCGGCCGGCGGUGGGUCAGGGCGCGGCCUCCUGCACCAGCUCGGAGCCGGGCGGUGCACUAUGGUUCACUAUGACGUCACUGUGUCCACGGGGCACUAGGCGGCCGGCGGUGGGUCAGGGCGCGGCCUCCUGCGCCAGCUUUGAGCCGGGCGGUGCACUAUGGUUUACUAUGACGUCACUGUGUCCACGGGGCACUGGGCGGCCGGCGGUGGGUCAGGGCGCGGCUUCCUGCACCAGCUCGGAGCCGGGCGGUGCACUAUGGUUCACUAUGACGUCACUGUGUCCACGGGGCACUAGACGGCCGGCGGUGGGUCAGGGUGCGGCCUCCUGCGCUAGCUCGGAGCCGGGCGGCGCAGCCCCGCGCGCCACCACGGCCACGGCGCUCACCGACAGCUCCAGCGGUUCGCCACCUGGGCACCGACCCACGCUGCACUCCAUGUCCGUGCUGCAACCAAACAACAUACACAUUUUUAUCAUUGUGGCGGUGCAGUCGUCAUGCUACAAGCGAAACACGUCGAAGCCUAAAUCGCGCUAUCAACGUUCCGAAGUAAAACAGUAUAUAUAG